AUGGACGUUGCGCGCGAUAGCGGAUCGGGUACGCCGGUUGAUGGAGUAUUGCAUCCAGAUGGCAUCGACCCUGAUACGGCAGAACACGCUAUCUACCGCGACCCAUACACCGGUCACCAGCGCGAGAUCUGGAAACCAGGCGAUGGCGAUGGAGAUCAGGCUACAGACUACUUCGACCGCGUCGGUCCGCCACUGCCCAUGGAGCAGCGUUGGCGUCUCUUCCAGUCCGACAUUGGCAAGCUCACCAUCAAGAACACCCCACCACGCUUCGUCCUGCUUGACGAUCGCGCUGCCUGCGAUGUUCUCGAGUCCGACAUUCAGCGUGCCAAGCUGACUCAGAACUGGCCGCACGACUUCGGUGGACCCGGCAAGAUCCGAUCACGUCGUCCUCAUCGCGGACGCAGCGCCCUCACCACUGACAACCCCUUCGCCGAGGGCGAUGCUCGGUUCAAAACCACUCUGCCUGGAGGCAAGGGAGAUGUCUACAUAUUCACUGGCGAGAAGGACUAUCAGCCUAUCGUCUACCGCUACACACUUCCAACACUGAAGCCGAAGCCGAAGAAGAAGCGCAAGCCAGAACCUGGUGACAUCGACUACAAUCCACGUGGCCAUGGGCACAACCAGUACACCCCAAAAGACCUGAUGGUCAAACAUGGUGCUGCAACGUUCAGCCUCAAGAAGAAAGAUGAUGACCCCUACGCACGUACACCUCGCAUCUACCCAGCCGUCAAUCGUCCUUCGGAAUUGCAGAAACCCGUCGCUCGUUCUCCGUGGCGAGGUUCUGACGAGGGCGCUGGUUCAUCGAUUCCGCGGGAGGCUUACAAGCGGCCAAAGCUGGAUGAUCAAGCAGGAGAGCUGGACUACAGUGAUGAUGAUAUGAUCGGUACAGGUACUGACAACGCCGCAUACACGGCGCCAAUGCAGUCGAGCCGUGGCGCAGCCAAGAGUGCCUUCGGCCUCGAUGACUCUUCCGACGAUGAGUUCCCGGUGCGUCGUCCAGCUGCUAGUCCCCAGCAGAUCGACCAACCCUUUGAUCCCAAGGAGGUACCGCCAAACAUGGGCUACAUCGAGCGCAAUACUUACAAGCAGAAGCUUGAGACUCGGGCCAUCGACAAGAUCCGAAGUCAGGAAGACGUAACACGUCUUGCGAAGGAGGUGGCCGACGCAAAUGUCAAGCUAGGUGAGCAAUUACGCGAGAACGAGCGUCAAGCUAAAGAGAUUAGCCGUCAAGUAAGGGAGCUUAGUGCUCUCAAAUCCGAUCUAGAGGCAACUCAAGACGUGGCAAGGGAGGUCGAUGAGGCAAAUGCCAAGGUGCAAGAGCUGGAGGCAAAGGUCAACGAACAGCAAGUGGAGAUUGAGCAGGUCAGAGGAGAGAAGUUCGAGGUGCAGACGAGAAUCUUGAGACUCGAGCAGGAGCUUGAGAACGUGAAGACGGGUCAAUGGUGA